AUGGCAAUCUAUGGUAAUCCAAAACCGUAUUUUGAUACCGAGGGAAUGCUUCAUGUUCCAAUCCUCUUCAUCUAUGAGGAGUACCAACAGAGUGACAUCAUGCAGGACGUGUCAUGUGACGUGUGCAUUGCAGAGCUUCUGGAUGAAAUGAUGCCAUUUCCGUGGGAUGAGCAGGAACGGUAUCGUAGUUUAGACGAUAUUGUAGUGUACUUCACUAUUGAUGAUAGAAUAAAGGAACCGGAGUACCAUGUAGUUGAUGUAAAUCGGCCGCUAUUAGAGGUAUUUUCUAACGUUAAGUAUGCUAUGCCGGGGCUUCUGCCUGUUUUACACGUUCUGUGCAAAAGUAGCGAACUAUUGGAUCGCUACAAGAUUAUACAGGACUAUUAA